UCGUCAGGUUCACAACAAACAUCCAUCGAUUAUCACGACUUUAUUUUACUACCAAGCAAAAUCGCCAAAAUUACUGUAAAAAUUUGCUUAUUUUGCAUCGAAUCGUUCGUACUCACCCGCCUAAGCAUAGCUGCUGUGUAAAUCCGCCCCACCAAAGAACUUUGGAACUGGAUUCCCAAGCCCUCACGGGACAAUAUGAACAUGGCAGAGACCUGCCGCCUCUGCCUGAGCCGGAACGACAGCAGCGGACCGUUGACGGUGGAGGAUGGCGAUUUUCGUCGGAAGGUCGACCGAGUUUUCUUCUUUCGGGUGGCUCGUAAUCAGGACAUUCCGACGAUGGUUUGCGGAGUUUGCAAAGCAACGGUAGCUGGGUUCUACGAUUACGCGAAGCAGGUUCAAAAGAAUCAGGAGUUUCUGAGGACGGCACUUGUUCCGACGUCGUCUACGAAUUCCGUGGAGGUAGUGGCUUCGUAUGAAACCGUGGAGAUUGAAGACAAUGACGGUUUGGUCAAGAUGGAGUACGUGGUGAAGAAGGAACCGGACGAUUCGGAAUGGAUGGGAUUGAACACGUAUUGCGAGGCCACCAUUGGAGCUGAUCGAUUGUCCGAUGGGGAAGUGAAGGUGGACGUGCGUGCUAAACGCGAUCCGGAAUGGACACCGAUGGACAUGUUUCAGGAAGUGGACGAUGACGAUGAAGAGGACGACUCGUACGAUUCAGAUUCGGAUACGAAGCCGUACCUAGAAGAAGGGGAAUAUGUGGAGGAUGUUAAACCCAAGCGGAAGAAGUUUAAACCGAAAUUGGGAUCCGCUAAAAAGACCAAGCAAGACGGAAGAGACAGGAAACCAAAUGAGCCUACAAUAGAUGAACUAGUGUUGCAACACUACAAGCUUUCUUGUGAUUUGUGUUCGGAACCGCUGGAGGAUUUCACGGAACUACGAAAACAUUACAAGUACGUCCAUGAUGAGCAGGGUUAUUUGAAGUGCUGUAAUAAGAAAAUAUUCAAGAAAUGCUGGAUGGUGGAGCACAUCCAGCUGCAUUUGAAUCCGGACGCAUUCCAUUGCGAUAUCUGCAACAAGAGUUACAGUUCCAGCAAAGUGCUUAAAGAACACACCAAAGAAGUCCAUUCGCCGAACGAAAGUCGACCCUUCAAGUGCGACGUCUGUUUGAAGCCGUUCGUCUCGAAUGCUCACCUAAAUGCCCACAUCAUGGUGGCCCAUGGAUCGGUACAGUGUCCGCAGUGCCCGAAAGUGCUCGCCUCGCAAGGUUCCCUGAAGAAGCACCUGGUGGCGAUGCACGGUGACGGCGAGCAGCACGUUUGCGAUGUCUGUGCCCGGGUGUUCCGAUCGAAGCAGUGCUUCGACACGCACGUCAAGGGCCACCUGGGAACGCGAACGGAGAACCGGGUCCAGUGCAGUAUGUGCUCGGUGUGGCUGACGGACAAGUACUGCCUGACGAAGCACGUCCGCCGGAUGCACAUCCAGCCGGAGGUGGCCCUGGCGUGCGAGCUGUGCGGCAAACAGGUGCGCAACCAGGACGCGCUCAAUUGUCACAUGCGCCGGGCGCACACCGAGAGCCGGUUCGCGUGCGACAUUUGCCACAAGAAGUUCAAACGACCGCAUCACAUGAGGGAGCACGUUGCCAUCCACCACACCGGAGAAGCUCUGUACGGCUGCAACCACUGCCCGGAACGGUUCAACACUAAGAAUAAACAGUACAUGCAUCGGAAGACUGCCCACCCGGUCGAGUGGGAGGAGGAAAUGCGCAAACGAGUCAUGAAAGACGCCUAAGGUAGUGAGGCGGGAGGGAAUUUUGGGAUAAUACUGAUGAAUAACCAAAAGUUUACAUUUAAGCGUAUUGUAUUAGUAGGGGAUAAAUAUCCAAUGUACGCAAUAAAUUGAUCUACGAAUUGUGUAACAAACUUUAUCAAAAAAUAACAAAAAAGAUGUAGACAAAAGUGUCCUACUUCGCCGUAUUGCAA